CUAUGGGGUUCUGACGUAAUAUUGUUUAUCAAACAUCGAAUAUUCUGGACGAACGUUAUAUCCUAACUUUGAUACGAAGACUUACCCCCCGUCACGCCCCAUUGCCGCCUGUUCGAUGUUCGUGAUUCCCUGAGGGUGGUACUGACAAAAUGUCAAUUAUCGUCCCAGUUAAUUAAAACAAGUUACCAGGUUAAUUUACAGUGUCGACGAUUCUCGUAUUUGGUCUACUAUAUUUCCGGGAGUGGCUUACAGCGAACGACUGCCCACAACUAUUAGACGGUUAGCUAAAAUCUCUCAGCUCACGCAGACUGAACGCUGAAUUGGAACAUUUAAUCGCCUCUGAAACCUGCGAGCGAUCGAGUCAGUCAUCAACAACAGCCCGUAUUUACAAGUGGCGGUAUUGGUUUAAGAACACGCACUUGCGUUGUAAGUAAACAGCGACAUCGAUACACAGUGCCUUUUGAAGGGAAUCUUGCCAUGAAGACAAGUUUGGAUGAUCAGUUCAUUGUUUUGUUUUUACUCUGGACAUGUUGUGGUUUGAAUAAUUUGCUUGUUGUUGUCGGAGCUGAAAGAACGAACAGCGAUGUGCAGUAUUGUCCUUACUUCAAGAAUCGAGGUCCGUCUCGGCAGGACAAUUUGAGAAAUUGCACUUGGUAUAAAGAGAAUUCAUGCUGUUAUGACGAAGAAAUUGAGUUUGCUUUUCGUCAGUUGUCACCACUUGAAGGUGCAACCGGCCAGUGUGCACAGUAUAUGAACUACUUAUAUUGCUACAUAUGUGCGCCGGAUCAAAAUACGUUUUUCAAGGAAUUUACUCUGACCGUCUGCGAAGAAUUCUGCGAUCGCAUCUAUAACGCGUGCCAAAACGCAAUCUUGAAAGGGCGUUCACUUAAGCGCGUUUACAAAAAUGGCCAAGACUUCUGCAAGGCACGUCGAUUCAAAACGGACAAGGAAGCUCGCGGAAAGUGCUUCACUUAUAAAGGAAAACCCAACGCAAACAGUGCGUCCCAACAAUCAAGCGUCGAUAGCAAGUUCAUAGCUGUCUUAGGAAUGUUGUCUCUUGUAGCUAAGCACUGUGUUUUGUUAUGAGCAAACACCGUCA